AUGGCGACGCGGCGCGGUCGUCGCCAUGGCGACGAGGCCCGGCUCGCCCCGCCCCCUUUCCACAGGUCUCGUCGGUGUGUAAGCCUACUUAACGAUGUUGUCAACUUGGCUUGGCCAUCAUUAAAGCUGGACGCUACCACAAGAGUCGUCGCCAUGAGAGCCUGGCACGGUGACAGCGAUGGGCCGUGGAAGACGAUGGAGACAGACAGGGGAGUCCCAUACUACGUGCAAAGGGGCAGUGGGGCGAGUGGUCAGAUUCACUGGUUCCACCCUUCUUUGCAGGGGGCUCUUGGAGACUUGGAACAGCUGAACGUAAUCCGCUAUGCUGUGUACAGGACGGCCGCAAAAUUGCUGGCACUGCAGAAAUUCUGCUGCUUGCAUCUGGUGAGCGUGUCCACAAUCCUAACGGUGUUCAAUUCCUCCGCCGUGGACUGGGAGAGCGAGCUGAAUGUCCGGCAAGUGUACCAACUACUGCGGCAAGUGCACGGCAUGGCCAGCAGAGAGCAGCCCAUGCCGCAUGUUGAUGGGGAACUUGCGAGCGAGCUCACCCUCAACCUCCUACUUGCCAUAUGUGACAGUGAGCGGAGUGGCCAGGUGUCUCCCCGCUCCAUGUGGAAUGCCCUGCUGCUCCUCUCCACCGGGCAGCUGACUCACAAAUACAGAGCUCUUUAUUGGGCCAUGCUGCACAACCAUCAGGGCAAGAGAGAUGUUGCGGCUGGAGUGAGCAAGUCCGCUGUCAGGACCUUCCUACAGGACACUAUCCAGCUGUUGGCACUGCUGGGGGAGGGGUGUGCGUUUGGGACGGCUGAAAUGGCGGUGACCAGCCUCUUCCAUGCCGAGUCUGUCGGCAGCAUCACAGAAUCUCAGUUUUUAGGGUGGUGCCUCUCUGAGCCGCAGCUCUUCCUCUGGUUGCCUGCAAUGUACCGGAUGAUGAAGGCUGCGGGGAGCAUUCAUGAGGCCAAGUGUAACAUUUGCAAAACUUGCCCAAUUGUGGGUCUCAGGUUCUGCUGUUUGUGCUGCUGGAACUUGGACUUGUGCCAGAACUGUUUCCUGACUGGGCGGGACACUGGGUGGCAUGCGCCCUCGCAUCCCGUCAUGGAGAGCUGCACCUCGGGUGGAGUGUGGAGUGACGUUCGGCUGUGCCUGAGGAAGGUGAGGAACAUUGUUCUAGGCGAGCGCUGUCGCACGAAGGAGGCGUGGAGACGUGCUCGCCUCUGCCCGUCCUCUCCACUCAGCGCAGGACCAUCUCAGUCGGUUGCGACUGGCGAGGUGGCAGUGGCCCCUUCUCGUGGCCACUGCAUGGACCCCUCGGCAGGGUCCCCCUACAGGGCGGCCGGGGGCCUCCCCCUGAACAGGCACGGCUCUGAGCCACUCCAGCAGCAGGCGCAUUCUGUGUCUGCAGAAGUGUUGGCCAAGGUGGAGCUUCAGGAAGGACGGCGAGAGAUGAGUCCCAGACCUCGACCCACACAAGAGUGCACACGGCAGCGUCCAGUGCUCGGCCACAAUGCACACCACAAGGCGAAGGGCGUCAUCGCACGCCACCCUGCACUGCAAACGGGGCACGCCAGCAAAGGGAAGCAACGUCUGGCUGUGGCGGCCAGGGAGAGCGUUGUGUUCAGUGCAGUAGUGGCCAGAUCUGGUGAAGAUACCCUGGUUCAUCCUACCUCCGUUGUUCCUGCUACCUCUCGGCAUUGCCCCAGCGAAACAGGCAGCCACCAGCAGCAACCACAUGCGUGUUCUGCCUUACAUGGCUACAGCAUUGAGCCUCACAAGUCUGAGUGUUGUGGCUCACAUAAGCGACUUGGUAGCAAGAGACGGGAUCUGAACACAGAUAAGAGACAGUCCCCCAGGAAGCAGCUCAUAUCGUCUCCUAAACAAAUUCUGCCGAGCGAGCGAGACCUUUUCGUGGAAAAGCCAAAUCCCGGUGGCAGCUGGGAAUGCUGCACUCAGGAGCGGAGCGCAGAGCAACAAUCCAGAGGGUCCUUCCACGAAGUGGAGGAACUCAUUGCUAAACUGGAGGACGCUCUUGUACUUAAAGCUACGUCAGGGUGCUCUAUGGCAAGACGUAAAUUUUUGGUGGCAGCUACGAACAUGGAGACAACCUUUUCCCAACUGGUGGACACCAUGGCUUGUCAGGCAGGCCCUGAGUGCACAUGUGCCGCCUGAUUAGUUGUGUCUGUUCACAAAUAUGUCACUUAACGAGGUUUCAUAGAUGUAGAACACUCGUAAAUGAGCACUGUUAGCCAAGAUGACCCAAUUUCGUUUGUAGAGUAAAAAACUGAAGUGUAAACAUCCUGAAAAGUAGCAGUUGUGUAUGAAUUUAAGAUGUGAAAGAGAUGUUAUAGAGUUAAAACUUGUGAAGAAACAAGCUGCAUUUUAAGAGUACAUGAAAGGCAUUCAUAUUUAUUUUUAGAAAACAUUACAUUUUAAAUUUGUUCCGCAUAAAUAUGUGUUAAGGUCAGUAUUUACAAUUUAUAGGCCACAGGAAGAUUUGUGAAAAGUGUUAUUACCUUAGUUUGGCACUCUUAGUUAUACUAAACUAUCUGAAAAACAAAAAACACCUCGAAACAUUCAAACAUUUUCACACUUUACAUGAGUUAAAGAGAAACUUGAGAGCAUAAGAAUAACAAUGUCAUGGCAUCCUGUAGAGAUAGAAUGUUGAAAUUGGCUCGUGGUGUGUAGGAACGAAUUGCAUUGUCGCAAGACUGUGAGAGAUGGCGACAUCUUGGGCAUGCAUUCAUCCAGCAGUGGAUAGAUCAAGGCCGAUGAUGAUGUAGAUCGCAUCUCUGGGAACGACCUGCAGGGUCUGAUUCUGGUGUGACAUUGACUCAGGAACGUGUCGACAAAAGCCAUCGGCCAGUCUCGCCAAAAUUAUGAAUCGGGCGCUUCGAAAUGAAUCUCUGUCUUUAUCGCCCACGUAAGAGAAGCUGUCAGGAUAUUCUGUAACACUUCAUUCCACUUCUCCAUAGAGGUCGUCGUUGAAGUAGACAUCUUCAUUCCUGCGAGGUUGCGCUUCUGCAUUUCCAGAUACUGGCAACAUACGCACAACCACACACAGACCAUAUAUGACCAGACGCACCUACAAAUACAAACACUUACAUCUACAGCAGAACGUCACUUGAAUGUGUGCGGAAAGAAUGAUUUGUCAGUAACUGCUGACACGCAGCCGUAGUAAUAAUAACAACAACAAUGCGAGUGGAUGCUGGCCACGGAUUCCGGAGUGAAGAAGCACACUCGAGAUACCCAUUGGGUUCUGCUCGCUUUGCGUUGGUCCAGCUUGCUCUUUUGAAUGGUAAAUGGACGACCCUCAUCUUAGUUUAUAAGCCAUUCUGCUCCACUUUUAAGUCUUCUCAAUUACAUGUUGAAAACCCUCUAGAAAUUCCCAGUUUCAAGUACAGAUUAUGGAAGAAUGGCUUUUUAAAUAACUGUCCCUGAGAGUGUAAAAAAACAGGGCUUAAGGUGAAAUCUUAUGUCCCAUGUCUGGAAUUACUUGACAGUUCAGUCCUCCAUAUUCACUAUGCUCAAUAUUCUAAUGAGUCGCUCAAGUUUCCACAUUUACCAUUUCAAUAUUGUCUGAUUUGAUGCAUGAUGCACAGUCAAUGUAGUCAACAUAACCUUUGUGUAUUGUAUUUUGUCAUGUGUAAUUAUUACUGUACCUUGUUUUGUGUCUGAAAAAAAACCUUGUACACACUUUGAGAAUGCCAAGCCGCUGUUGUACUGCCCUUUUGUUAAACUUGAUAUUCACCCGUA